UACAACCUUCGAUUGAAAGCCCCAGGUUGGGUGGAAUUGUUUGAUUUCUUAUGCCUUUCGGUUACACCUCUCCUGAAAUGGAUUGGAGGGGAUUUUGACUUGUAUGGGAUUUAAUCCCCCUCCAUUCCCUGUCAACCGAACAAGGCCUUAGAUGGGAUGGGAUGGAUUGGUGGCAUAUAAGACCCAUCUUUGAUUUGGAUGAUCAAGACUGUGUGGAAAUGGAAAGGAGAAUUGGGUAUGGAUAAGUCUUUCAAGUAGUAUAACUGUAUUAGCACUAGCCAGAACUGCUUAUCUUUUGCGCACCACUAGGCAAAACGAGGAGCAUCCGUCGUCUUUCUAAUCCCAUGUUCUGAACUUGUGCAUUUGUUUUGCGGGGCAGCUCAUAAUAGCAUUUCCGUGUAUGUGCUUUGCCCGUUUUAUUGAAUUGCUCGGGACAUGACAAAUUGACCGAUGAGUAGGAGGUUCUUUGGAGGAUGUUAUCUGUCUGAGUAAAGAAUUGCGAGCCGUGGCCCAACAUGGUUCCUUCCUGCUUUAUGUCGUUUUUAUUUUAUGUUGCUUCAUGAUUUGUAAUCGUAAAAAAAUUCAUAAUGAAAUCCAUGUUUGCACAUGUGUAGAACAAGUUCCUUAGUAUACAAGAGUAUAUGUGGAUAUUUAUGGUUAUUGAUUAGAUAUGAACAACAUUAUAUGCUUAUAUGUAGUUGUAGCAAACUAUCCGCCUCUGUUUUGCAUAUAUUCCCCUGCUCAUGUUUUAAAUCUGAUGGCCUUCAAUUUGUUGUGUCUUGCAGAGAGUUUGUCAUCAUGCACAGCCCCAGUAAGCGGUUGAUUACCUCUGUGUCCAAACGCCUUGCCGUGUCCAAUCUCCAAGGCUGGGCAGACCUCCCAGAUGACCUGCUGCACUCAAUUGUUGCUCUCUUGGGCUCCUCCAUUGACCUUCUUGCCUUUGCUGCCACCUGCCGCCCUUGGCGUGCCGCUUUCUUCUCACACCCAUCCAAAUCUACCUUGUGCUUCUCAUGCCCCCCUGUCCUCAUCCGAAAAAACCCCAUCCAACCUCCUAGCAAUGGUCAUGCCAAGCCACAAAUAUUUAACUUAGUUGAUCCAUCCAACACAGGCACCAACUAUCGCUGCCAGAUACGUGAAGAAAUUCUGCAGAAAUUUUAUUUUGCUGGUUCUUCCUAUGGUCAGCUCAUCUUCUUCCGCCACAGACGUUGCCUUGUUGUUGAUGCAUUUAGUGGUGCAGAAGUUUCACCUCCAUGUCUCCCUGAGUUGAACCACAAUGUUUUUGAGCCGUACUAUUGUAGCACUCUGACUGCUCCCCUUGCAUCACCCAGCUCAUGCCUCCUUGUCAGUACAAAAUCCUCCCUAUUUGACUGGCCAGUUGGAAGUGACUCUUGGUCUGAACCCAAGCUUUCCAAUGUGCAAUUACGGCAGAUUGUGGAAUUAAAUGGUCAGUUCAUUGCCAUGGAUGAUCAUAUGAAGAUCUACACUUUGCAGUUGGCGCCCCAGCUUGGCCUGCAAGACCUACCAAUAGAGUGGUGUGGCGGCAAGAUCCCAAGCAUGGAUUCGAAACCAUUUCUAGUGGUCUGCCGCGACAUGCUUCUGAUGGUCUGCUAUUCUCUGGUAUCCCUACUCCGGGGAUCAAGCUUCUGUACACUCCACCGCCUUGACAUGUCUACCAAUCCUGCAAAAUGGGUAGAGAUGAAGAAGCUGGACAAUUGGGCACUCUUCGUUGCAGCUGACAUUAGGACCCCACCAUUUUCUUGUGUCAACCCAGAACGGUGGGGAGGGAGAACCAACUGCUUGUACUACACUCACCACUCUGAACCUUGGGGUGUACGAUGGUUGGGCAAUGAGCCGGAUCUUACGAAGGAUCCAUCCGCCAGUCGGGACCUUGUGUUCGGAAGAAAUAUGUGGCGUUACCCACAGAGCCUCUGGGUGUACCCCAGCAUGUUUUACUCUGAUGGGAAGUGAUCGUUGUCGUGGGCAACUACAAACCUACUGCUGUACCAGUUUCUUCUGAAGAUUCUCCCCUUCUUAACAGGGGCAAAUACUUUUGCGGCUUGAUACGGGGAUGCUGAUCAGCAUGAGCACUGGAAGUUUUUGUAGUUAUUUUUUUUCAGUUUCUCUGAACCUGGUACCAGAUAUUUAUGGCGGUACUUCCGCAAUUACUUUCAUCAUCCAGUUUUUAGCCAUGCUUAUGAAA